AUGCCGCGUCGAGGAUACAUCGAAGAUGAUCUCGAUUCUUCCAAUGAGAGCGAGGGAGAACCGUUUACUAUUUCAAACACUCUUUUAGCAGAAGAAGCAGAAUUAUUUGAAAAUCCUACAUAUCACCGAAAGCGUCGCAAAAUUACCAAGGAAGAAGCAUAUCUUGGAAUUUGGGCCGAAGAUGAAGAAGACAUAGGAACAUACGAAAAAAAGAGUGAUGUGCAAUUUGUAUCAUCAUCAUCGAAACCAGUAUCCGAGAAAGCGAAAGAGGAACCUUUAAGUGAAGACACUGACAAAGAUAGUUCUGAUAAUUUGAGCGAAAUCAAUGAUUCUAGACCCGGAGGUCAAGGGCUUGGAUUCGGUUCGCCAAAAAUAGACGUUGAGGAUGAAAGUUUAGGUACAGGUUUGGGCUACGGGAGAAAUUCAGAAUCUACGAUACUUGACGAGAUGCUUGAUAUGCAGUUUAGUUCAACAAAAAAUAAACGAAAAACUUGGACCAAUUCACGGCAAAGUGCGAGCUCGCAAGAAACACUGAAGCAAUCGCGCAGUGUUGACAAAAAUUUUGGAAAAUUUGAACAACAUACUAGAGGAAUUGGUCUUAAACUCAUGCAGAAAAUGGGGUACAAAUUAGGCGAGGGUCUUGGAGUAGAUAAUAAAGGUAUUGUGAACCCUAUAGAGACAAAAAUACGACCCUCCAAGAUGGGAUUGGCAUAUCGUGGAUUUGGAGAAAAGACAGAACAAUCAAAAAAUGAGGGCAAAAAUAUCGUUGAAAAGGAUCACUAUGAAAAAGUUCAAAAAGAAAAGAAGAAUGCCUGGAAGAAAACUACAAAACCCAAAAAGUCUAAAACUGAAUAUAAAACUGUGGAUGAGAUAAUGAGCGAAACGGCCCUUGAUACUCCAGUGCAGCCGAUGAAAAUUAUAGAUAUGACUGGUCCGCAGGCUCGUGAACUUUCUUCUGCAAGCCAAAUUACAUCUCAUUCAAUACUAGAUGAUUCUUCGCGCUUUCCAGAACUCCGUCAUAAUCUUCGUUUGAUAGUAGAUAUGUCAAAGUCGGAUUUGGAACACUUUACAAGGGAACGUAGAAUUCAAAAUGAACGAAAAAAAUCUCUCGAGCAGGAAAUUGUAAGAUUUUCUACGUUGGUGGAAAAAGAGACCACAAGUAUAAGCCGACUCGGAGAAAUUAUGGCUAUUAUUAAGGACUGCAACGAGCUGCUCACAGUCUCUCUAUCUUCUGAAUCUCCCGAGCUGCGCAUAUUUUCGGACCUUUUUAGGAAGUUGCAAACUGAAUAUUUAGAUGACGAAUUGACGAUGACCCCAUAUGAGAAUAUGAUGUAUAAUGUUUGGCUUCCGAAAGUUAGAUCAGCUAUAAACAACUCAUGGAAUGCGCGAGAUUUUGAUUCAGCAAUCCGUCUGCUCGAAGAUUGGCACUCAUUACUUCCAGUUUUUAUUCGCGAGAAUAUAAUUAAUCAACUAAUAAUGCCAAAAUUGACAUACGAAAUCGAUAUGUGGAAUCCGAAAACAGACACCGGAAUGAUACAUCAAUGGUUACAUCCCUGGCUACCCCUGUUAGGAGAGAGGAUGGAUCCGUUAUAUGUCACCGUACGUCAGAAAUUCGGUCUUAUUUUACAGAAUUGGGAUCCCACAGAUCCUCGUGCGUUAGCCAUUUUGAAACCCUGGAAAAAUGUUCUCCAGCCAAUAGACAUGCAAUCACUUCUUGCUAAAUCCAUCCUACCUAAACUAUCCGAGCUGAUACGCUCGAGGUUCCAAAUUAAUCCUAGAAAACAAGAGUUAGGUCUUUUCAAUUGCGUUAUGAAAUGGCAACACAUGUUUGCUUCCAACGUGUUUAAUAAACUUUUCGAGUCAGAGUUUUUCCCAAAGUGGUUGGAUGUCCUUUAUACAUGGUUGAAAAAUAACCCUAAAUAUGAUGAGAUAAGACAAUGGUAUAUGUUUUGGAAAUCGAUGUUCCCUCCUGAUAUGCGUACCGAACAAGUCAUUGAAGCUCAAUUUGCAAAAGGGUUAUCCUUAAUAGAAGAAAGCAUUUCAUUAGGAAAAGAAUCGACUAGCAGAUUAUCUCACCCAUCGAGACAACAAAGCCCAACUAUCGAACCAUCUCAAUCUUCCUCUACAAAGACCACUCGUACAUUUGAUAGUGAAGAGAUCACCUUCUUUGAGAUAGUUGAAGAAUUUGCUCAAGAAAACAAUCUUUUGUUUUUACUUACUAACAAAACUCAUAAACUUUCGGGAAAACCUAUUUAUCGUAUGGGAGGUACCCCCGAAGGUGCUGGCGGAGUUACUAUGUAUUUGCAAGAUGACGUUAUGUUUGUUAAAAGUGGGCAGGAUUGGCUGCCGAUGGGUUUUGAUGAAAUUUUGGAUAUGUGUCUCACUUGA